CUCAAUUUGAGAUAAAACAAUCAGCUGAUGAUGCGACUUUUUUUCUUCCUCUUGAUUGAUUGGAAUUUUUAUCUUUUAUCUUUUUUUCGGCUGUGAUUGAGAUUUGUUCUGUUCUUUUUUAUAAUAUUUGUAAUCGUUAGAAUGCCAAGUAAAAAGACGUUGGAACCUUUGUCUGCUCGAUCGGCUCCAAGGAAAGUUAAUCCAACUUCUACUUCGAUUCCAUUUUCCCUCUCUAAAGAUGGUGGAUUUAAACGACCUAAAGAUUUGGCUGCUGGUCGAUCUAAUGAUGUUCAACGAGCUAUUGGUAUGGCUAAAUAUUUACAAACUCGAUUGAAAUUAUGUAAACUGGAAGAGGAGAUGAAAAAACGCCAAGAAUAUUAUACUGAUAAAGUUACGGAAAUUUGGACUGGUAAUGAUGAGCUUUCUGAUAAGAUUCAUGGUAAAAAAGUUUCUCUUGCCAAAUUGACCAGUUUAAAAGAGAAAUUUGAUCAACUAACAAUUGAGAAUAAUUUCAUUGGUGAUUUAAAUUUAAAGUUCACAAAAUUGGAUAAAGAUUUAGAAUGUCUAUUUCAACAUAUCGAAGGCCAAACUUGUAACAUUUCACUUCAAGGAAUCGAUAAGACAACUUUGGUCAAAUUGAAUGAUAUUUGUGAUGCUUUCAGUUCUCUUGAUGUUUCAGCUUCUAAUGAGAUCGCAUCUCUAGCAGAAGAAGUUUCCAAGUUGAAAUGUUUCAUUGAAGAGAGCACAAAAAUCCAACAAGAUUUGGAUCAAUUGAAAUCCGAAUUGAACUCAGCGAACCAGGAACUUUCUUCACUAGAAGAAGUUGAAAAAUCUAUUUAACUUCAAUAAUCUUUUCUAAAUUCUUCAUGUGUAAACUUUUCUCCUCUUUUACAUUAACAAAAUGUGAAGAAAAAAAUUCAAUCUUUUAAUUUGAAAUUGUUAUCAGGAUCAAUUGGAUAAACUUUAAUUACUUUGAAUAUUUUCUUUCUCCAUCCAAAUCAUUUUUCAUCAAUUCUUUACCAGCUACAUACACAAACACACACCAAAGAGAAAGAUUGACAAUCAACGUGAUUUAGAUAAAAUGUUCUAAUAUUUUGUAUUAA